GGGUGUUUUUUUUCCCCCUUCCCCUCCUUUUUCCCCUGCCCUCUCCUCACUCCCUGGCGCUCUCUCGCUCUAGCUCUCUCUCGCACUCGCUCUCUCUCGCUCUCACCCUCGCUCUGCGUUCUGUCCGGGAGGAGUACCCAGAAGCCAAUAGGAUGCGGGGUCUCUAAUGGAUGCAAAUGAUGGAGAAAAGACGGGGCAAAAUAUGAAACAACUCAUUUGGAGGGAAGUAAAUCACCGAAAACUGUUUAUGAACUGGCAUCCCUUCUUCGAAAUGUAAAGCGAGGACCUCUUUAAGUGGCGGUAUAUUUUUGUUUGGGGGGUGGGGGGUGGGGGGAGGGCGAGCGAGCCGCGGCUGCCAUGCAGGCUUAGACUUUUGCAGGCUUCGCUCUUCUAUUCCUGGAAAUCACAAAAAGUGUAGCGGCUUCGAGAUCUUCUUCGCCUUUUCUUUCUUUUCCUUCCUUCCUUCUCUCUUUUCCCCCCCUCCUCCUCCCUUUUCCUCUCCUUUCCAGGCGAGGGUGACUAGGAGCCGGCGAAUCCGCGUUUUUUUUCUCUCUGUCUCUCUCUCUCUCUCCCUCUCUCUCUCUGUCUCUCUCUCUCUCUCCCUCCCUUUCCCCCUCCCCACCCCCUCCCCAACAGCCCCCAACUACAGCCUGCGCCGCCGCCGCCGCCUCAAAAUUCAAUAAAAUGAGCUCUUAUUUCGUCAACUCACUGUUCUCCAAAUACAAAACCGGGGAGUCCCUGCGCCCCAAUUAUUAUGACUGCGGCUUCGCCCAGGACCUGGGCGGCCGACCCACCGUGGUGUACGGUCCCAGCAGCGGCGGCAGCUUCCAGCACCCGUCGCAAAUCCAGGAGUUCUACCACGGGCCAUCGUCGCUGUCCACGGCUCCCUACCAGCAGAACCCGUGUGCCGUGGCGUGCCACGGGGACCCCGGCAACUUCUACGGCUACGACCCGCUGCAGCGCCAGAGCCUGUUCGGUGCGCAGGAUCCAGACCUGGUGCAGUACGCAGACUGCAAGCUCGCGGCCGCCAGCGGCCUGGGCGAGGAGGCCGAGGGGUCUGAGCAGAGCCCGUCGCCCACACAGCUCUUUCCCUGGAUGCGCCCUCAAGCAGCCGCCGGACGCAGGCGAGGCCGCCAGACCUACAGCCGCUACCAGACCCUGGAGCUGGAGAAGGAGUUCCUAUUUAAUCCCUAUCUGACUCGCAAGCGGAGGAUCGAGGUAUCGCACGCGCUGGGACUAACAGAGAGACAGGUCAAAAUCUGGUUCCAGAACCGGAGGAUGAAGUGGAAAAAAGAGAAUAACAAAGACAAGUUCCCCAGCAGUAAGUGCGAGCAGGAGGAGCUGGAGAAAGAGAAGCUGGAGCGGGCGCCAGAGACCGCCGGCGAGCAGGGCGAUGCGCAGCAGAAGGCCGACAAGAAGUAGGGCUCCAGCUUGGGACUGCUUGGGCCGGGGCUUGCCCGCACGUCCGCCGGUCCCUCCCGCGACCACACCGCCGCCGCCGCCGCCGCCGCCGCCGCCGCCGCCCGCUCCCCCGCCUCCGAGUGCUCCGGCCCCGGCCCGCGAGCGGAGCCAGGAGCUGGGCCUCCCACCGCAGCGUCCCCGCCGCGCCAGUCCCCGCUAGUGGUAGUAUCUCGUAAUAGCUUCUGUGUGUGAGCUACCGUGGAUCUCCUUCCCUUCUCUUGGGGGUCAGGGGGGGGGACAAAAAAAAAAAAGGAUUUUAAACAAGGACUCCCUCGCCUUGCGAGGGUGAGCGACUGCUGCCUGCCAGAGCCCCCCUCGCCCCCACCCCAUGUAAAAAAUCCUCCUUGUGCAAUGGUCUUUUUUUUUUCCUUUGAACGUGAUUCUUUGUAAUGACCAAGGUACCGAUUUCUGCGAAGUUCUCCCAACAACAUGAAACUGCCUAUUCACGCCGUAAUUCUUUCUGUCUCCCUCUCACUUUCUCUCUCUCUCUCUCUCUUUCUCUCUCUCUCUCUUCCACCGCGUCCUCAUCUUUCCUCGCAACCCCGCUCCCCGCUGCCCUCCCUAGCUCGCUGGCUUUCUCUCUUGCUUCUCUCUUUUUCCCUCCUGUCCCCCCCCCCACCUCCUUUGGUUUGACAAUUUUGUCUUAAGUGUUUCUCAAAAGAGAUUACUUUAGUUAGCAUGCGCGCUGUGAGCAAUUGUUAAAAGUGUUCUUAGGUUUGCUGUGAAGAGAAUGUAUCCUGUAUCCGUGAAUUGCUUUAUUGGGGGGAGGGAGGGCUAAUUAUAUAUUUUGUUGUUCCUCUCUAUACUUUGUUCUGUUGUCUGCGCCUGAAAAGGGCGGAAGAGUUACAAUAAAGUUUACAAGCGAGAACCCGA